UGCUCAGUCCGGGAUUGGCCCUGCGUUUUUUCGUACUUUGUGUAAGCGGGUCGGCGGACGGAUCGGGAUAGGGAGGGGUCUUCCCUCUUGGAGCGGGGAGCCGGGACGGAUUAUUCUCUGCGGGGCAACACCAGCAAUUUCCCUUCGUUAGACCUGGGGUGAGAGAUUUAUUGGAAUAAAAACCCCAACUGGAAGGAAACCACGACUGUAGACGAGGGAACAGCAACAAGUGAACCAGCCCAAGGAUUGAGAGCAUCAACUGGAGAGAACCCAUCUGACUCGGAGAUUCCAGUGAUUCAGUCAGGAGAAAGUUCGAGGUCCAACUUCAAGAAGAUGGUGGCUCCAUGAAGUGGCUCGAAUGCAAAACUUACAAGAGGCAGUAGGUUAAAAUGACAAGGAAGUUGUCUGCAGGAAUCUCGAAGACAACACGCCAGUUUUGCUGUCUCUAUCUAGAUAUUUAAAAAGUGGAACAAGGGAUUCACUCGAUCAUCCUUCAUGCUCAGACUGUGAGGAGGGAUUCACUCAUUCACCUGACUGACUGGCACGCCCGUCAUUUUACAGAGGGGAAGGGGCAUUCACCUACUCAGACAGUGGGAAUGGAUUCACUUGGUCAUCUUAACUGAAAAUGCAUCAGCACGUUCACAAUGGGCAAGACCAUUGACCUAUUCUGUGUGUGAGAAGGGAUUCAGCCGGUCUUCCUACCUGUGGACACACCAGUCAGUUCACACUGGGCAGAGGCUGGACAGCUGCUGAAUUUAUGGGGAAGGAUUCACUCAGUCAUCUGACCUAAUGGCUCACCAGCAAGUUCACACUGGGGAGAGGCCAUUCAUCUGCUCGGACUGUGGGAAGGGAUUCAAUUCCUCGUCCCAACUGAAGGUACAUCAGAGAGAUCACACUGGGGAGAGGCCAUUCACUUGCUCGGACUGUGGGAAGGGAUUCAAUUCCUCAUCCCAACUGAAGGUACAUCAGAGAGUUCACACUGGGGAGAGGCCAUUCACUUGCUCAGUCUGUGGGAAGGGAUUCACUCAGUCAUCCCAAUUGAAGAUACAUCUGCGAGUUCACACUGGGGAGAGGCCAUUCACCUGCUCGGACUGUGGGAAGGGAUUCUCUUGCUCAUCCCAACUGAAGGUACAUCAACGAGUUCACACUGGGGAGAGGCCAUUCACUUGCUCAGUCUGUGGGAAGGGAUUCACUCAGUCACCCCAACUGAAGAUACAUCUGCAAGUUCACACUGGAGAGAGGCCUUUCACCUGUUCAGACUGUGGGAAGGGAUUCACUCGAUCAACUAACCUGAAGGUACAUCAGCGAGUUCACACUGGGGAGAGGCCGUUCACCUGCUCAGACUGCGGGAAGGGAUUCACACAGUCAUCCCAUCUAUUAGCACACCAGUCAGUUCACAGUGGGGAAUGGCUGUUCACCUGCUCAGACUGUGGGAAGGGAUUCACUUUCUCAUCUCACCUGAAGAUACAUCAGCGAGUUCACACUGGGGAGAGGCCAUUCACCUGCUCAGACUGUGGGAAAAGAUUCACUUUGUCAACUCAGUUAUUGAGACACCAGUCUGUUCACACUGGAGAGAGGGCAUUCACCUGCUCAGACUGUGGGAAGCAAUUCACUCAAUCAUCUGAUCUACAGAUACACCAGCGAGUUCACACUAGGAAGAGGCCAUUCACCUGCUCAGUCUGUGGGAAGGGAUUCACUCAGUCAUCUCAUCUGAGGGUACAUCAGCGAGUUCACACUGGAGAGAGGCCAUUCACCUGCUCAGACUGUGGGAAGGGAUUCACUCAGUCAUGCCACCUAAUGUCUCACCAGCGAGUUCACACUGGGGUGAGGCCAGUCAAUUGCUCAGACUGUGGGAAGGGAUUCACUUGCUCAUCUGAACUGAAGGUACAUCAGAGAGUUCACACUGGGGAGAGGCCGUUCAGCUGCUCAGACUGUGGGAAGGGAUUCAGUCAGUCAUCCCAACUAAAGGUACAUCAGCGAGUUCACACUAGGGGGAAACCAUUCACCUGCUCAGACUGUGGGAAGGGAUUCACUUGCUCAUACACCCUACUGAGACACCAGUCAGUUCACAAUGGGGAGAGGCAGUUCACCUGCUCAGACUGUGGGAAGGGAUUCACUCAGUCAUCUGACCUAAUGUUUCACCAGCGAGUUCACACCGAGGAGCGGCCAUUCACCUGCUCAGAAUGCGGGAAGGGAUACACUCGCACAUCUGAACUGAAGGUACAUCAGCGAGUUCACACUGGGGAGAGGCCGUUCAGCUGCACAGACUGUGGGAAGGGAUUCACUCAGUCAUCCCAACUGAAGGUACAUCAGCGAGUUCACACUCGGGAGAAGCCAUUUACCUGCUCAGUCUGUGGGAAGAGAUUCGCUUAUUCAUCCUCUCUACUGAGACACCAGUCAGUUCACACUGUGUAGAGGCUAUUCACCUGCUCAGUUUGUGGGAAGGGAUAUACUCAAUCAUCUAAACUAAAGGUACAUCAGCGAGGUCACAUUGGCGAGGGGUCAUUCACCUGCUCAGACUGUUAUGUAACUCUCGCUUCAGCUAUCAGCUAAAUAAUGGGGGGUGAUUGCCCCCAUCCACUCCGAGCCUGGCCAAACUUAAGAAAUCUCAUUUGGGUGGACUCUGCAUGAUGUGUCCCCUGCUACAAAUCAGUACCCAGAAACAACAAACAGUACACAAUAUGUGAUUAAAUGGUUGGGCUUUUAAAUCUUACUUUGACUAUAGGGUUAGUAAAGAAAAUGAAGAUAAAAGAAAAAGGGCCCACUCUCUCCAUUCACAUCUUCUUAUCUCUCCCUGGCAAAGACCACAAAAAAAUCUCUCUUCCAGACUCACAAGAAAGAACAACAUUUCUGUCAUUGGAUAGCCCCGCACUCCAAAACCCUGUUUUCUCCAGUCAUAACCUAAACAUUGCUGCUACAGAAAUCAUUACCUCAGCAGUGAAACAUUACCGAGUGCCCAUUACAUUAGCAGUGAAACCUUACAGCAUGUUACACUUGUGACACACUACCAUGUUCAUACUGGGAAGAAAGUUUCAAUAAGCUUCAUGCUGGAUAUUUGUCCAUCACUGUUGCUGAAUGCAAUUUUGAGAGUGACUGUCAGUGCUGAACUCUGCAAUUAUUGCUGUUGCUCACCAGAUCCAGUUCUGCACCCUGGUUACCGGGCAUGGGUGGAGUUUCUUCUGCUGUAUAUUCCAAUUUAAUGUGACUGGAGUUUAAUAUUCUGGAUCUGAAAAAAAAAACAGUUUAUUUUAAAGUCUGUCUCAGGUAU